AUGCCUGUGACAGCCGACAGCGAGUUAAACGACGCGUCGCCGAAUAUCGAUUUGGAGGAAUACGAAAAAAUUCUGACGAGGUUUUUGAAAUACCCAACAUCUGAGGUCAAAGACGCGACACUAUGUCGUGCCGUCGAGGAAAUUCGCCUGCAAAGUAGAAAUUUUAAGGCCUUAACAAAGUCUAGUAUCUCCAAUAGCGUUAAGGCAGCCCAGUCAGCUAAAUACAUUAUCACGGAUUUAAGAAAAUUUCAGCAUGGAGAAUUGGAUUUUGAUGAUACUUUGGCAGCCACAGAAGUUAGAGUAACCAAUAUAAUGGAAAAAUGCAAUCUUUUGAGGCAAGGCUAUACCGACAUAACCAAUAGUUUUUAUAAGAUUUCCGAGAGUUUAAGGAUUCGAAACUCGGAAAUACAAUCAACUUUGUAUGAAAUAAGAACAAAAGAACUGAAGGAUAAAGUGAAGGCAACCAAAACUGGCACUCUCACUGGACUAGGGAUUGGCACAAUGGCGGCCAUUCCAAUUGCUACGUGUAUGUCACUUGUGGAUGGCGGCGUAACUUUGGCGGCAACUUUGAUAACUGGGGGAAUAAUAGGAUUUAUACUUAGUAAGGGAGAUCACAAUAAAUCAGGACAUAAAGAAACAAUGUAUGCUAUUUUGCGAAAAGAUCAUGAGUCUAUUAAAUCGAUUAUCAAUGAUAUCGACGGUUUUCAAAGUGGCGUCAGAGUAUUUGAAGAGUUUUGGAAAAUACACUUUGAUCGAAUUUCUGAUAGUCGACAGAAAAUUUUUGGUUCACGGCGAGGUCAUCAUAAGUGGGACGGACCCACGGUUCAAUCAAUGCUGAAAUAUUGGACCCUAGCAGAGAAGGUCUUCGAAAACUAUGGAAAAAGCAUAAUUAUGUUGGACAUGAAAUAA